AUGGCCUUUGGUUACAAGCCAGAUCCUAGAAGUCGAUACGAACGCGUGCUGCUCUGUGCAGUGUUUACAACAAUCUGCGCUGAUCCCGAACCCAAGAAGUACAAACCAGAAGUGAAACCUAAACUCAAAGAUAGCAAUUCAAGCCUCACAGAUGAAGAGCGAAAAUUCUUAAGAGAAGUCGAAACUAAGUUUGGAAUUAAAUCCGAAGUACCUGUAGAAAAUAAAGAUGAAGAUGAAAAAUCAUCUGAAAAAGAACAUGAUUCAAAAUCCAAUCCUGGUGCCAAAUUACCUUUCCCGGCUGUCAUAGCUAUAGAAAUUGUUAACGACACAGAUACGAAAUCUAACAAAGGGAAGAGAACUAUUGAUGCUAAUCUCGGAUAUGGGUACCGAACCAAUAACGGAUACACUUAUUCCUAUUUUGGGAAACCUGCACAAACUCAGGGCAAAUUCAUGAUUUACCCAUAUUCGCAAGAAGACAUACCUCCGGCUGGCCCAUCAAGUUCGCAUUUAGGAUAUCAACAGAGUUCUGGACAAACCACAAAAAUAUCACCAAAUGUAGAAAUUACGCCGUCUCAGGCGUACGAACUAGUACCAACUAAGGAAGAAGAAAUUACAUCUUACAAUUAUCAAAAGCCAGCUAUACAGUUGAAGACAAAAUACGAGAAUGUACAGGGGGUGGAGUCACCCCCACCGCCGUAUCCAGCCAGUGACUCUCAUUCAUCCUCACCUCCAUCAACGUUGUACACUACUUAUAACGGCGAACAAUUCUCCGGUCUUAGUGGUCAAUUCCCAAAAGUAAUGUCUAAUUACCUUGUUGAUUCCUCACAACUUCUUAACAAUCCUGCUUACCAAAGUGCUGGAUUAACUCAAGAUCAUUUACGUCCGCAUGGCGCCAAGUUAGAACAGAGAGUAGUCCCGGUUUUGGUUUUAAGAGUACCAAGCUCUUAUAUCAAAAACCCUUCAGCAGAGCUGUACGCAAAUUUACCACAGAACUAUCCACUAUCUCAGUACUUAAACCAUGUCAACUUGCAAGACUUAGUGAACCAAUACUUUAAAAAGAUUGGUUAUCCUUUUGCCCCUAAAGUGAUGGCUUAUCCUAGUUCAUCACUGUCAUCACAUACUGAAAGUGCACCCGCGCCUGUAUCCAAUUACGAGCCUCAACACUACGCCAGUCCUUAUGUGCAGCCGUCUUACACUAAUGCUGAUUAUUCCGGUGUGCAAUAUUCUGCAGUUCAACCCGUAAUGGCCAAAUAUCCGUCAGGGUACACUCGCCAACACUACUAUGUAAUGCGGCCGCAGGCAUCGCUCUAUCAACAACCAUCGCAACAACCGCAAUAUGUUUAUCGGUAUAGAUAUGUUUCGCAAUCAUCACCACAAGCGCAGAGCUAUUACUCUCAACCACAAUACCAACAGCCUGCCGAAGAACAGCAUACUAGUGCCCAGCAAGCGAGCUUACAUGACACCAACAGCCAAGUGGAAUACCGUCAGCCUUCUAGUGAAGAAGAAGCGACUUCUGCCGAAUAUGAAACUCCGCAAUCUCACAGCGCUCAACAAUACGAGCAACCGCAAUCAGUUACUUCUAGUUAUGAAACUGUUACUUCAGCCACUCCAAAUUACGAACACAGUAAUGAGGUUGAGACUCCUGACUACAGCCCCACAAAGGUACCUUUAUCAGUUCACGGAUCAUCCCCCUCUGUGCAGAUACAGUACGAACAACCUGAUCAAAAGGACACUAUCGCUGUAUACUCUAGAGGUGCUACUGGACACAAACCAGGUGUAUCACAGAGUUAUGUAUACCAAAAUGUUGCUAAUGAACACUCUGGUAGUGAGAGUUUGGUUCUAUCUGAAAACUAUCCAAGUAAAGAUCACACGUUAGCUACUGUGUUGCCUCUUAGUUACAAGAGGCCACAGAACACAGAGAUGGUUCAGUCCGUUAGUUACGUAACACCAGUGCCAACAAUGAAGUACCACUCACAGUACAAAAUUAUGGUUCCUCAGACGGUGUUGAGGCGGCCAACUAAUGAGAAAGUGUCAUACGUGAAUUCACAUUCGUUAUCAUCGUCAUAUUUAGGGUCACAAAGUCAGUAUAAUCCUGAAGAGGAAUAUACAGCGGGAGCUCAUUACAGUCCUCCAGUAAGUAAACAAAAACCGUCGUCGUAUCCUUGGAACUAUCACGCACAUCCGAAACGCAUGGUUAAACCAGACAGCAAGGCAGACACGCUGUCGUCGAGGAAAAACGAAAGAAAUGAGAAGAAAAAGCCACCGUCAUCGUCUUCGUAA